UGCAGCUUCUUCUCAGCUCUUUGCACGACCAACGAACGGCGCCCCUCGGCGAGGUCUGUAGCGCGAGAAGAUGUUUCCCGAGACAACCUUUGAGUACAGAAUCUCUCCCUCUCCAACAGUGAUGGCUGAGGCUAACACAACGCGUUGGGCAAAUGCAACGGCUGAAAAUUGUCCAUCAAUCGAUGACUUCCGAAACAAGGUGUACUCCACGGCCUACUCCAUCAUCACCGUGUUUGGGCUGGUGGGAAAUGGCUUUGCCCUGUUGGUGUUACUACGCACCUUCCGCCAGCGCUCCGCCUUCCACAUCUACAUGCUCAACCUGGCCGUGUCUGACCUGCUCUGCGUCAGCGUGCUGCCACUACGCGUGGACUACUACGUCAACAAGGGCCAGUGGAACCAUGGGGACUUCCUGUGCCGCAUCAGCUCCUACACGCUCUAUGUCAACCUGUACUGCAGCAUCUACUUCAUGAUGGCCAUGAGCUUCACGCGCUUCCUGGCCAUCGUCUUCCCCGUGCAGAACCUCAAGCUGGCCACCGAGCGCAAGGCGCGCGCCGUCUGCAUCUGCAUCUGGAUCUUCACCUGCGCCGUCAGCUCGCCUUUCCUCAUGUCGGGCCAGACGUCAGCGGGCAACAAGACCAAGUGCUUCGAGCCGCCCAAGGGGAAGGGCGGCGUGGGCAAGCUGAUGGCGCUCAACUACUUCUCCCUGGUGGUGGGCUUCAUCAUCCCCUUCCUGGUCAUCAUGCUGUGCUACGCGGGCAUCACGCGGGCGCUGCUGGGCCGGGCCAGCGCCAGCGGCUCGCAGCAGAAGCAGCGCAGCACGCGCAUCAAGGCCAUACGCAUGAUCGUCAUCGUCACCGUCACCUUCCUGGUCAGCUUCAUGCCCUACCACGUGCAGCGCACCGUGCACCUGCACUUCAUGCAGCGACAGGCCCGCAGCGCCGUCACCUGCGACGAGCUGGUCAUCAUGCAGAAGUCGGUGGUGGUGACGCUCUGCCUGGCCGCCUCCAACUCCUGCUUCGACCCACUGCUCUACUUCUUCUCCGGGGAGAACUUCCGCAACCGCCUGUCCACCUUCCGCCGGCCCUCCGGCGGGGUCCUGAACAGCGGGCCCAGGCGCCGGACCUUGGCCAGCGAAGCUCUCAAGGGCCCCGAGCAGAACGAGAGGGAGAAGCAGGAGAAGCAGGUCUGCAACGGGCCUGACAACAACGCUUGAGGACACUAAGCAACGUGGCAUUGCAUUACACGAGACUGUGAGGUUCAAAACAGAAAGAGAGACAGUCUGAGGGUUGAGGGAGCAGAAUGGCCCAGAACAGGCUUGCAAUGGGCCCAGAUGAAGACUGAGCAACAAAGCAUAGCAAGAGACUGGGAGGAGAGAGAGAGAGAGAGAGAGAGAGAGAGAGAGAGAGAGAGAGAGAGAGAGAGAGAGAGAGAGAGAGAGAGAGAGAGAGAGAGAGAGAGAUGCUGAGGGCUGUGAGGGGAAUGAUCCAGAGCUUGUUAGUGGUUCUAUCAGUCUCAAAAUGGCUAGAGUGUGAGAAAAGGUCGUGCUAACAACCCGGUUGCACUGUCAAAAGGCAACUACAACUCUGGGAGAGACAAGUGAAGGAAAGCAGCUGCUGUCAAAAAAGAAGAAGACCCCCAUAUUACAGGUCAAACUAGCCUAAACUGUAAUGUAGCUUUAAUGAAUGAUUGCAUCAGCAUGCUGCAGCAAGUUUCUUUCUCUUGUUUUCAACGUUUAUAUAUAAGUAAUAUAUUGAGUGUUAAUAUUAAUAUAUGUAUAAAACAAAUGUCGAACAAAAUGUGUUAUGGAGAUCAGGGGGUGAUGGUACGGAAUAUGGUACAAAGCGUUGCACUCAGGGGGUCAAAAGGCCAGUAGGAAUACUGAAGGAUGUCCGGAUGUUGGAGACAACUGUAAGGACAACUCACUGAAGGAUUGGAUUUGAAGAGAAAAAAACAUA